AUGGCAGACAUGAAUGCUGUAUGGCUAAACUUACCCGAACCGACACCACUCCCAUUCGAGAUAAAAAGGAAUACAACAAUAGAACAGAUACUGGGAAGGCAGACUACCAAACAGCAAACUCAACCGACAGCAUAUGUCACAGAGACCGUCAAACAACCCGUUCCAGCUUCUGAACCUUACCAUCCAGUCUUCAGCAUUAUCUGUGAUCCCUCCUACGACAGUACUGAGAGAAAGUCAGAACUUCUAGAGAGCAGACUACAUUCAUACGAGAUAAACUUCCCAACAGGGAUCGAUGCACUAUUUACAGAAUAUUACAACAUUACUGCCGACAUAGAGAUGAAGAAACUUACUGCAGUCAUGGAGUCGUCACCACAGUACCAUUGUCGUAUAAAUCAGUACUACAACCAUCAACGACAACUACUAAUGUAUAGAAUAGACAGAAAGCUCAACAGUCUGGUUUAUCCCCCAACUUGUCAAUCCACACUCAAUACAAAAAACGUCAUGGUACUGCAAGACUGGUUCAACAAACAUCGUCAACAUCCUUAUCCAACAAGGGAACAGAUUAAGAAACUGUCAAAGAUCUCCGCCAUUAAAAUGCAAGAUGUCAAAGUUUGGUUUGCAUGUGAAAGAAAACGCCAGUCUUCAUUAGUCAACCGGAAAAGUGAAAAUAAGUUUUAA